AUGGGCAGUUACAAGAUGUUGAAAUUUAGCGGGUUAGUAAUUUGGAGGUUAGGUUCACGAACUACUUUAAGAAAUUAUUCCGCUCCUGGUGUAACUGUUUUUAAAGCUGAUAAAGCAGAUUCAGUAAGAAAUAUAUCUGAUAAAAGUGCAGAAGCUGCGGACAUAGGAGCGAAAGAAGGUUCAAAUUUGGUUGCUGCUGCAUUUGCAUCAUUGAAUACUCCAGAAGAUGAAUAUAAAAAGAAGCCUAGUCCAAAAUCAUUGAAACUGAGUCGUGUUCAACAACUUGAUACUGAAAUUUUAAAAGCUACUGAUAUAAAUACCUUGCUAGUGGUUGCUGAAAAUCCAGUGGUGUCCAGGAGGCAUGCAUUGAAGAUGGUAUCAGUAUUGUCAGAAUGGUCAAGUAGUAACAAAGUUAAGAUAUCUGACUUUGAAAAGGAUCCUAGAUUUCUUAAACUAUGUCGUAUAUUGGGCAGAACUCCGGCCAGUCAAGCUAUGAGUUCAUUAACAAUGGCAGAAGAUUUAAGUACAGUUCUGGGUAUUACCGGUGAUGAUGAAGCAGCAAGAUUGAUUGCUAAUUUAUCAUUACCACAAAUGAUUAAGGUAAUGAAGGCCCUCCAACAAAAAGGUCGUCGAAGUACACCACUACUAAGAGCUCUUUCUUUCAAUAUUACUAAGCAACCAGAGACUAUUGAUCUCAAGAAAUCAGCUGAUUUGCUUUUCUCUAUGGCGGCCCUAAGCUUUCCAGAUCCAGUAUUAAUGGAUAGGAUAUCUAGUGACAUUAUCAACAAUCUAGGUUCCAAUAAAGACAAACCAGCCGUCAUUAACUCCAUACUUGUUUCUUUGGGACUUCUCAAAUACCGCAAUGAAGCAGUGCUCUCGGCUCUAUCGGAAUGGAUAAAACAAAACAUAAAUGUGUGUAGGCCCGGAGAUAUAGCUUCUGCUGUCAUAACUUUAGCUACUGUCGAUUAUUUACCAGUUCAAGCUGAUUCUUUAAUGGAGGCUGCAUUGUCAUUAAAAGAGGAUGAGUUGUCGAAGGCUUCGUCAUGGCUGGACCUGGUCUUUUCUCUCCUGAUUUUGGAGAAGGCAGAGAAACACCACCUGAUGUCUACUCUAAAACCCGAGUUCAUUGAUAAAUUACUGUCUGCUGGGGAAAUACCUAUACCCUCCCGUCGUAAACUAAUGGCGAUAGACGCAUACGUAGGGCUCAAAUUCCCACCAAACACACCACGGCUUGCCGAAGAUAUAGUUGUGGGCGUCCCUAUCGUCUAUACAAAGGAAAAAGCUCUUUAUGUGCAAAGUAUAAUGGAUACCUUCAAGAGCUUAGUUUCAGCUGAGAACUUUUUGAAGAAGGAAUGUCAGUCAGGAAUGGGAUUUCUUUAUGAUGCAGAAUUUGCGGUAGAUUCAAAAUGUCAUCCAGUGCCCUUAGAUAAAGUGAAUGACAGAAAUGAUGUACACAGAAUAGCAGUAUUAGGCUUGGAUUAUCACGACUUGACCAGGAAGGAACCUGUUCCUCUCGGCGCAAACAAACUGUAUAACAAAUUAUUGCAAUUAAAGGGCUUCAAAGUCUUACAAAUUCCAUACACAGAAUUCAACCCAAAAGACAAAUUAGUCACGAGGGUCCAGUACAUUGAGAAGCGGUUAAAGGAAAUAGUCAACCAACAAAACCCCCAUAGUGUGAGC